CCAGACAAGCACGACAAGCCAAAAACAUAACUGCCAUUGCCCUUUACUCUGCAAAGAAACCCGCCUCUUAACAGCCAUGGCACUCGUAUCGAAAAUCCCACAGCGCCGCCGCACCGAGCGCCUCAUGUUCUCGUCCUCUGACGACAAUGCAAUGUUGAAGCAAAUUCAGGCCACUCAUGUCCCAGAUGGACGGGAGGUCGAUGUCGGGGAUCUCCUUCACGUCAUCGAGGAGAUUUUCCAGCGCGCCAAGCCCAUCAUCGACACCUCUGGGGCAGCGCGACCGCAACUCGAUGUACUAGACAGCAGAGACCUCCGAGAGAUGCUCGAACUAUUGUCAUACACCAUACACAAAAUCUCCUGUGAGAUGGCUUGCAAGUGUAUGGGCGGUGGCGAUGCUCAUGCAACGACUGUCAACAUAUUCCACACUCUCACAAACUACACAUGGGAUGCGAAGGUGGUGAUCGCAUUGGCGGCUUUCUCCGUGAACUACGGUGAGUUUUGGAUGCUAGCCCAGCUCCAUCCUACCAAUUCCCUAGCCAAAGCGGUGGCUAUCCUCAAACAAUUACCCGAGACACUAGAGCACGUGGACGCUUUAAAGCCAAAAUUCGACGCGCUUACCAGCCUCAUCACUGCUAUGGUGACUUUGACCAAGUGCAUCGUCGAGUUCAAGCAGCUCCCACCUCAAUACAUCAGCCCCGAUGCACCAGAACUUCUGACCGCUACCACUCAUAUUCCUACGGCAGCUUACUGGAUCAUCCGAAGUGUUGUGGCCUGCGCUUCACAAAUUACCAACCUCAUUGGCAUGGGCCACGAGUACAUAGCAUCCACAGCAGAAGCUUGGGAACUAUCGAGUUUGGCCCAUAAAAUCAACAGCAUCUACACUCAUCUCACGAAGCAACUCGAUCUUUGCUAUCAGCUCAUCAAUGAGAAAAAGUACUUGGAAGCAUUCGAGAAAAUUGUGCACCUAUUUGCAACUCCCCACAUUGACAACAUGAAAAUUCUUCAAGCUUUAAUCUAUGCAAAAGAUGAUCAGUUUCCACUUUGGGACGGCUCUACUAAAAAAAAGGUUAGCCUCGACGUGCUGAGAAGGAAAAAUGUGCUGUUAUUAAUCUCCGACAUCGACCUACCGCACGAAGAACUUUAUGUCCUUGAGCAGAUGUACCAAGAGGCCAAACAAGUCCCGACGAGGAUGGAGAGCCAGUACGAGAUAGUGUGGAUCCCAGUCAUAGGUAGGUCGACCCCAUGGAAUGAAGAGAAACUGAAGCAGUUCGAGACUCUGCAAGGAAUGAUGACCUGGUACUCGGUCUUCGACCCUACGAUGAUUGAUCCCGCGGUCAUCAAGUACAUCAAGGAGGUGUGGAAGUUCAACAAGAAGGCAAUGCUUGUGGUUCUUGACCCGCAGGGCCGGGUCGCCAACCCGAAUGCGAUCCACAUGAUGUGGAUAUGGGGGAGCGUGGCUUACCCAUUCACCAGUGAAAGGGAGGAGGCUCUCUGGAAGGCAGAGAAGUGGCGGAUCGAACUGCUUGCUGGUCCUAUAGAGCCGCUGAUAUUCACCUGGAUAACGGAAGAGAAGUACAUAUGCCUCUACGGAGGAGAGGACAUCGAGUGGAUCCGCAGUUUCACAAAGACGGCGCGUGCGGUAGCGAAAGCAGCGCAGAUCUCGCUCGAGAUGCUGUACGUGGGGAAGAGCAACCCGAGGGAGAAGAUCAGGAAGAACAAUGCCACGAUAUUGGCCGAGAAUCUAAGCCACAUCCUGCCAGACCUCGCCCUGAUCUGGUUCUUCUGGGUGAGGCUGGAGAGCAUGUGGCACUCCAAGGUGCAGCAGGGCAAGAGCAUCGACAAUGACCCGAUAAUGCAGGAGAUCAUGAAGAUGCUCAGCUUCGAUGGGAGCGAUCAGGGGUGGGCCGUGAUCUGCCGCGGCGCCCAUAUGGCCAAGGCCAAGGGAGAUAUGAUCCGGACAACCCUGACCGACUACGACUCCUGGAAGAACUCGGUAGCCCAGAAGGGGUUCCUGCCGGCGCUGAACAGCCGCCUCGAGGACCUGCAGACGCCGCACCACUGCAACCGCCUGAUCCUGCCAAGCACCACCGGGACGAUCCCCGAGCGGGUGGUGUGCGCCGAGUGCGGGCGUGUCAUGGAGAAGUUCGUCAUGUAUCAAUGCUGCAUGGACUGAGGAAGAUUAGCGUGACUAAGUCAUAUGAAGAAUCAAGAAUAAGGGAGUACAUGCUUGUGUUACUCAAUCCUAGGCAUGAAGGACCCUGAUGGUCCUCUUUGCCCCUGCAAAAGAUUUUUUUGCUUUGGUUUGUGUGUUGUCAUUGUUAUCACUAAAGCGAUCAUCGUCGCAGCAUCACCUACUUCUGUACCCGACCAGACCUAUUUAAUAAAAUACUUUUCGUAUUCAAUCCAAUUUAUGAAAAUCCGUGUCUACCUAGUU